GGCCAUUUCGACUGAGCCGGCAUACCCCAGCAGUCCUUUCGUUGAACGGGAAGGUUUCCGUGUAACAUCAUCCUCGAUAACAGCCUAAAAUGAAUGAGACCGUCAUCUCGUUCGGCAAGGACUUCCUGGCUGGUGGUAUUUCAGCUGCCAUCUCCAAAACAGCUGUAGCCCCUAUUGAAAGAAUCAAGCUUCUUCUUCAGGUAAAUUUGACUGGCUUUUCAGAAAUUGAAUGUAUUAAUGUUAUCUAACUAAGUUAGUUAACGUUAGUCCUUGACUCUUUGCAGUUUCUAUCAAGAAGAUCACUAUCUCCUUGGAGAUAAAAUGCAAUGUCCUUUUAGAUAAAAUGGCAUGGUCAAACAGAUCUAUCAAUUAUCAUAUUAUUUAUAAUUAUAUAUCUGACGUUAAUGUUAUUAGUGACAGACAGUAAGUUAACUUGUUAACGUUAGGAGCUAACUCCAAUGUCUCUUUUUUUUAACCUGGGUUAACUAGCUAACUUGGCUAAUGACAUUGGUGUGUUACAAAGAUGUGUGACACUUCCAUUUUGGUCCCUUGUCGCGUGAGACUGUCAGUAAAGUAGUCCACCGGUGUCAGUGUCUUGUCUUGGAAUUUGGUUUAACUAGCUUUUAGCUUGCUUGCUGCCAAGGACUAUUUCGCAACCACGCAAAUUGACUUGUAAAAGACACCGUGUUCGUCCUAUGAUCAUUGUCAUACUGUUUAACUAACUUGGACAUCGCAAAUUGUGUCCUUGUCCAUCGUCAUCAAAUAUGGCGCAGCUAGUAGUUACUAGGCCCGAUAAAUUGCCAAGGUCGCAACAAACGGAGGCUUCAUCCUGUGUGAGCUGAGGCCUAGCGAGGACCAAACUUGUGCGGAGGCGGAUCCUACAUUGUGAAUGUUGAAAGGCGAGAUGUGAUUGGUGCGGACUAGUUUCUUGAUUUUUGCUACUACUAUCAAUGUACCGGUAUCCACAAUGUUGCCCUAGGGAGUUUGAGUGGAGUUUGCGCAAGGGGUGGCAGGUAGCCUAGUGGUUAGUGUUGGGCCAGUAACCGAAAAGUCGCUGGUUUUGGAAACCCGAGUUAACAAGGUGAAAAAUCUGUCGAUGUGCCCUUGAGCAAUGCACUUAAACCUAAUUUGUUCCAGGGGCGAUCUGUUAACACAAGACGUUUGGCUGCACCUCUGGUGUAUGUGACAAAACAUUUUGUUGUUUGCCCAUGUUUCAUUACCAUGGGAAGCAUCGUCAGGGGUGUUGGCUACUUGUCUUUGUUUAUUUAGUUGGCAACUUUGCUAAGAACAUUGACGGUUGUGCAAUGAUUGAAGGGCACUCAACCUGUUUAACUCCCCAUAUAGCUAGGCCUUUUUGGUGUAUAUUUGUCAUUUAACAGCAGUUUCAUUUUCUCGUCAAAUGUUUUGUAAAUGUAUAGUAUAAGCAGGAGUUGGAUUUUGAUUUGUCUUUUUGAUUACAGGUGCAACAUGCUAGCAAACAGAUCACCGUUGACAAGCAGUACAAGGGUAUCAUGGAUUGCGUCGUCCGUAUCCCCAAGGAGCAGGGCUUCCUGUCAUUCUGGAGAGGAAACUUGGCCAACGUCAUCAGAUACUUCCCCACCCAGGCCCUCAACUUUGCAUUCAAGGACAAAUACAAGCAAAUCUUCCUGGAUGGCGUGGACAAGAAACAGUUCUGGAGAUACUUUGCUGGUAACCUGGCCUCUGGCGGUGCUGCUGGAGCCACCUCCCUGUGUUUUGUGUACCCCCUCGACUUCGCCAGAACCCGACUGGCUGCUGAUGUCGGUAAGGCCGGUGCUGGGCGUGAGUUCAACGGCCUGGGUGACUGCUUGAAGAAGAUCUACAAGGCUGACGGUCUGAAGGGCCUCUACCAGGGCUUCUCAGUGUCUGUCCAGGGCAUCAUCAUCUACAGAGCUUCUUACUUUGGCGUCUAUGACACAGCCAAGGGUGAGUCCAUGGGCUGCUCUGAGCACAGGCCUUAAUCAUAUCUGAGUAGAGGAAUUGCAAGUGUCUGUUUGUUUCACAAAGAAUCUUAAAGCCUGCUUAAUCCUCUUGGUUUUUCUCUGUAGGCAUGCUGCCAGAUCCUAAGAACGCAAGCAUCUUGGUCAGCUGGGCCAUCGCGCAGUCUGUGACUGCAGUCGCCGGUCUUACAUCCUACCCAUUCGAUACCGUUCGUCGUCGCAUGAUGAUGCAGUCUGGGCGCAAAGGAGGUAAUUGUCAACUUUUGAACACUUGUCUAUUUUGUUAUCAAGUUGUGCAUUCACCGUCAUGCUAUCCACCGACAGUGAGGUACUACUUGGGCUUACCAUUCAGCCAAGGCAGAGGUAUGACCUAUCUUACAUGUGUUUUGCAGGUGACAUCAUGUACACUGGCACCAUUGACUGCUGGAAGAAGAUUGCGAGGGAUGAGGGUGGCAAGGCCUUUUUCAAAGGAGCCUGGUCCAACGUUCUCCGAGGCAUGGGAGGUGCCUUCGUGCUAGUCUUGUACGAUGAGUUGAAGAAGGUCCUCUAAAUUGUUUAUGUCCACCCAUAAAUGUUGUGAGAUGUUUAAACUGUAACAUAUCUUGUACAUUUGGAAGGACCGUCAAAUUCCACCUUGUUUAUAGGGACCAACUAGUAUGUCGGUGCUAGUUGUACUGGGAAAAUCGGUUAUGCACUUUUUAAUUGGCCCAAUGUUUGUUUUGUUUGCCCCCCUUCACCAGAAUGUAAUUCCCAUAAAACAAAGGUGACUGUGCCAGAUCUUUAAAUGUCAACCGGUUUCAUCAAGAUGGUCUGUUUAUUUAGUCGAUGCUGUAACAAUAAAGGCAACCUAC